UCAUAUCUCUGGCUUUUGAUUGGUCAGUAGCACAUACCCGGCUUAGUUGUUUUCCUUUAUAUUUGCCCCCAAGUGCAUUGAAAGUCACACAACCGAGCCAUCACCUUUUUAUAACUACGCAAUAAGGGAUCAUUAUGACAGAUAAGGAGCCGAGCAAUGGGGACACAGUUGACCCAGCAAAGACUGAGGCAGAAGUGAGCAAUGUGGACACAGUGGAUGGGCCAUUAUUGUAUACAACCAAGGUGGAUCCGUACAGAUACAGAAUGGACUUCCCCCGUGCAGGAAUCUGUGUGAUCAUCAACAACAUCAACUUCCACCCAUUUCUAAGAAUGAACAAUCUAAAUGGUUGUGAUUAUGAUGCGGCCCAUGUGGGAAAUACAUUUGAGAAACUGGGAUAUAAAGUCUAUAUGUUCAGGGACAUCACCACAGGACAGAUGAAGCAGGCGCUGAAGAGUGCAUCUUUGGAGGACCAUAGUAACAGCGCAUCCUUCAUCUGUGUGAUUUUGAGCCAUGGAGAAAAAGAUGUGGUCUAUGGGACAGAUGGAUCUGUCACACUUGACGCUUUAACCAAAUAUUUUAAAGGAUGGGCAUGCCAGAGCCUCCUGGGAAAACCAAAACUGUUCUUCAUAAAUGCAUGUCGCGGAGAUAAGUCUGAUAAAGGAGCAGAUAUGGUCGACAGUGCAGAUUCCCCCAUCACAUACAGGAUCCCACUGGAGGCAGACUUCCUGUACGCCUACAGCACAUCUCCAGGAUAUUUAGCAUGGAUGCGCCCCACUGGGUCCUUUUUCAUUAAGGCGGUGUGUGAAGUGAUAGAGAAACAUGGAAACUUGGAGCUGAUGCAGAUCAUGACCAGAGUGAACGGAAUAGUGGCUCAAUGUGACAUGCCCACAAAGGAGGGGAGAUACAUAGAGAUGUAUAAGCAAAUGCCCAGCGUCACCUCCAUGUUGACCAAAGAAUUCUACUUCCCAACAUGGUUUAAGAGGCUUACACUCUAAUAUAGCUCCAUUCACACAUAAUUCCCAGUAAAUUGCUACGCGCAAAAAUUCUGUAAGACUCAGCUUUGACCCCCAUU